CAUAAGUGCGGUGCAUUAGGUUUUAUUUUAACCAAAUCACUUGUUAAUACCUUUUGAAGAAUUUUUUACAAUUCAAGACAUUCUUAUAAUUUAUCCCAUCGCUAUAUAUCAAUUAAAUAAGCAACAAUGUUUAAAAAAUUUGUGCCACUCAAUACCAAUGCCAGUCCUUCAAAAAAUCCAUAUGAGGUGCGCACCUUUAUGGGUGAUCGCACCAAAAUACCGGAAUGGAAAGUCGAAAGUCCUCUAUGUCCACCCAGAACUUGUGCUAUGCCAAUGAAUUCAACAAUUGCUAAAGUUAUAACAAUCGAAGAUGAACUACGACGUUUGCACCACAAAACACAGGAGUCACGUUUUAAACGUGCUGGUAAGCGACCUUGUCAAUUGCACGACGAUUACAUUACCUGUGUUAUACCACAACGUACACCCAAGGAACUAAAGCAACAUGCAAUCUUGCGGGAAAAAUAUUUAAGAAUACAGAGCAGUUUAGGCACCAAAACUCAUGAUGGCUCAAGGCCAGUGUCAGUUGCUCCAAGCGUUGUUAAACUUAAUAGUCCUAUACAAAUCUGGGAAUCGGAGGAGGAGGAACAAGUAGCAGAAGAAGAAGAAGAAGAGGAGGAGAAAUCGAUCAAACCACAACUAGCCAGUCCACCAUGUAGUGAUUUAGCAAUAUAUAUACCACCACAGAAAUUGCUUGAACUACACCGUCCAAAAAGUGGAAUGUUCCAUAAUGAAACCGAUCCUCCAGAAUUUUUAGAUGAUAAUUUUGAUUACUCCAAAUACGAUCCACGUAGUUUACAGGAACAAUUCGAUGCUCAAAAUUUACAAAGUAUAGAUCUCAUUGAAGGAUCACAUCCCAAAGAUCUAUGGACUUGGCAUAUUGGUAUGCAACAGUCUAGUAGUGAACUGGAGCGUGCUUUAGCGGAUGCUACUAUAGCAAAAUUGGAUUUUAAUUGGGAAUUAACAUUGUAUAGCAUACCCAGAGACCUACCGGAUGUACUCAGAGCACAAGUAGUAUUUGGCACUGUUAAAAUAGAUCCAGAAAUAGUAACAAAACGGAAAUAUUUUAAUCGUCCCAGGGAAAUAGCUGCCAUUUUUAUUGCUUACAUAGAAAGUUUUCGAUUCAGUCCCGAUUUUUGGACUAAUCAAAUCAUAGACAAUAUAUUAAUGUCAAGCGAAAAGCUUGUCAAGAAAUCUACAGCAUUUAAUUAUAAAUCUUCUGAUUCUGAUUUUGAUAUAAUACCAACUAUACCAGAAAAACAGGCUGCUAUUGGUCUACGUGUGCAUUUUACUGGGCCGCUUACAAGUGAACCUAACAUUUACAAAGCUUUACAUCUAUUUUUCACUAAAUACAGCGCUUGUGUUUUAGUUGCUGAAAAUUUAUUUUUAUUAAUCUGGAAACAUUGUCAAGACGUAUAUUACAUCUUUGAUCCUAAUGGUAGAGAUGAGACCUGUUUACGUAAUUUUACUGAUGGUUUUGCAGGCUUGAUGUUAAUGAAUCAUAUUGAAUAUGUUGUACAAUUGGUAGUUAAUUUCUGUAACUUAGAACUGACGAGCGAUUUUCAUUUGUAUGAAAUAUAUUUAAUUAAUUAUGGCAAGAUUACUGUCCCUCUUCCAACCAAGCAAGUAGGAAAGACAACACGUAAAUUAUGGGCUGUUGUGAAUAACACGUAUGCGUUAAUACCCUCUGGUAAUAGUGGUUUACAUCAGCCAAUGACGCCAAAUGAACGAAAUCCAUCAAUGGUCAUAUCAACAUUAGCACUACUAUACUCGGACAUUGAACAUCCAACAAUAUGGCGCAUGGAGGUGUUAGAUGAGCUGAUUAAAUAUGGUCAAGCGUACUAUAAAAGUUUCAUGAAAAGAAUAGAGAAAAAAGCGAAACCGAAGCCAAAGCCACAUUUCAAUAUCGUCGAUUUGCCAGAAGUGUUUGUAAUGGGUGUGUUUAGAGCUUCUUUAAAAAAACGUCCAUUUCUGUAUACCGGCCAUGUAGCAGACUGCACUGAUUUUAUAAAAUCCCAUCUUGUGGCAACAGUGAAAGAUUUUUUCUCUGGUAAAUGGGAAGCUGGACUUUUACAAAUUGAUAAUUCCGUUGUCGCAAUAUGGCGAGAUUCAGAAUAUUUCUACAUGUUUGAUCCAUUUCGACGUGGCAUUGCUGGUCAAGUAUUAGAUCCAGAAGAUUAUCUUACAAAAGGAGUUGCUUGUUUGCAAAUUCAUACAACAUUCGAAUCAUUUUGUCGCAUACUUCAUCAGAAAGCUAUAAAAAUGCGAAGAGGUGGUAAAUUCUUUUUACAUGGCAUUAGCGUUGGGUGUAUUAAACCUGUGCUUAGCUUAGCAGAUCGUCAUAAUAAAUAUAAGCGCCUACAGCUUACCUACCCCACUUAUCAAGAUCAAAAGGAAGAGGAGAAACCAGAGAAAAAGAAGAAACCUAAAAAGUUGGCUCGUACUUAUAGCAUUAAGAGCAUACCAGAAGAAGAACGCAUACCAGAAUUUACAGAUGCUGAUGUUGUCAACUCAUUAAUAGAAGAAAUUAUUUUUGAAGUGCUGAAUACCCUAAAGGAACCAUAUACUCGUUAUUCACCAUAUAAACAAGCAGAAAAGGUGUUACUUCGUUCUGAUAAGGCUUACCUUGAGUCUCUAAAGUAUAAUUUAAAACAUGGCGAUGAUUAUGACAACUUCUAUGUUUCAUUCCCAACCAAACCAGAAGGAAAGGCACAACUAACUUUAGCGGAUGAGUUAGCAUUACCGAGCAAUUUCGAUAUGUUGCCGGAUAAUGCGUGGGUUUUGUUUGGUACUUCACCAUUGCCAGUGGUCAAUGAUGAUGUUAGUAAACUAAGCGGUUUGUUGUCAUGUAUAGUGACAGCAGCCUUGACGUCCAAAUAUAAAAUAUCCACUUGGAACAGUGAAUUAAUUGAGUUUGCAUUGGAGUCAGCGAAUAGUUUCAAUGAAGAUUACCAGAAUUAUGAGCAAACCUUAGCAGCAUUACUUGCUAAAAAACUACCAAACAUAACCAUUGGUCGGGAUCAGUUUGAAAUAAAAGUGAUAAAAUAUAUAAAGUCAGCAGUCACGCGUCCAAUAAGACAAGUGUUGCUUGAUUGUCUGAUUUCUUAUAAGCUUCUGCUCGUCAUUUGUCAACACUUUUCUUGUUUGAUCAUAAAACGUUAUAACUUCCUCUACAUGUUUAGUGGAUUCCCCUCAGAUACUGUUGGUUAUCGUAAAUAUGGCGCUGGGCCAGGUUGUUUGCUUCGUUUUCUAGAGUUGGAUUCUUUAAUACGACGUAUAGAGUAUGGUUGCAAUCCACAAGGUUGUGAGAUAACGAAUUAUGUAAUUGUUGGACUUAAAGUUAUGCAUAUUAGUGAUGAGAAGUUUAAGUCGUUGCCGAAGUCGCAACAGGACUUAAUUUACCAAACUGAUUAUCAAAUGCAGAAGCAAAUACAGCAGAAGAAAUUUGACAAAAUGCGUUUUAUUGAUGAUGAGCUUCGUAAAGAGACUCAGCGCAUACAGCGAUUCCUCAAAGAGAAAGAGGAAGUUGCUGCCGCUCGUAAAACGAAAACUAAACGUGGUGUACUAAAAAGUAGAAGAACCCAAACAGAUGCUGAGAGUGAAUGGGAAGAAGAGUUCGAGGAGGAAGAAGAGGAAGAAGAAGAAGAAGAGGAGGAAGAAGAAAUUGAAUUAAAACAUAAACCUGGUAAAAAGUUACAACGUGAAAUAUUGGAUCUAUAUAAACCGAAACCAAUAUUGUAUGGAUAUCGUUUACGUGAAAAAGAUUAUCUAUAUAAAAUUCAAGGAAGUACAGCUAUGGAGGGUCGCGAUAUAUCAUCGCUUGAGGAAAUAAAGCCAUGCUUCUUUGUUAGUACAUUGGCAGUUUUAUAUGCAAUUCUACGUCCAUUAAAUGAAUGGAAUGCACAACGUGUUGAUCGUGUGCUUGAGAGUGGACGUUUAAUAGCCAAUAAAGUUUCGAAUAUGACAACUGCAUAUGAACGUGUUAUCAAAAACGUUACGGUCGAUGAUUAUUUAUUCGAUGUAUGGAUAAAAACCUUUGAUGUACUUGGUGCUAGAAACAUGCCCAUUUCGCGUAAAAUAGAACGAGUUACAAAUACUCGAAACUAUUUAUUGUUUCAAAUAUCGAAUACCACUUUUGCUAUUUAUCAUGACCAAUAUUAUCACUUAUUUGAUCCUUAUGGUUCCAUGGAAAAAGUAGGUGAAGGUGAGGAAGAACAAAAACGAAAUAAAUCGAAAAAAAAGAAGGAUGACGGUGAAGAAGACGAAGACGGGCAAGGUGAAAAGAAAAAGAUUCCAAAGGACAUUAAACGUUUUGGAGAGCGCAAUACGGCUUCUUGGGUUUUGUUUGCAGAUGUAAAUGAUAUGUUGACCUAUAUUGAUGAAAGAGCUGCAAAUUCUGAUUGGCAAGAAUAUAAUGAGUUUAAGUUCCACGUAGUUGAUAUAUUAUCGCAUAAGAAAGCAGCUCCAACAACACGUAUACUGCAAUUACUUACUGACGUUUCAUUACCUAUUGAAUGUAGAAUUGCCACAGAUGGUGAGGAUGAGGCGAACAUAUGCACACAUAAUGAAACAUUAAGCUGGUUAGAAUUAGAAAAUUGUUUACCAGUAUGGAGUCGUUUACAUCGCCGCAAUGUUGCCGGUCGUUAUCGUAAUCUACCAAUUUCCAAACAUAAGAAAUACGAUAUAGAAAUAGAUGGACGUUUAUGGUCAAUUUGGGGCAAUGUACAUCCACAAGCUCCUGUGUUUGAUAUGAAAUCGCGUGGCAGGCAGUACUUGGCGUGCAAUGUGCUGGCUUGUUGUGCGGCUAGAAUUUAUCGCUUGAUUGAUUGGAGUCCACAAUUGUUAGAUAACAUAGUUAUUAGUGGUGAUAGAUAUCAUCGCGAGAGUUUGGAAUUUAUUAAACAACAAGAUUAUGAAUUUUCUUUGGAAGAUUUAAAUAUCGAAUGCUAUUUAGAGAAUAUUAAAUUUAUAGUACAUUUGGAGCAUGUUUGCUAUGGCAAAAUGUACUGUGUUCCCUCACAGACUAGAAUGAAUUUAGCUGAGGGUCUAAUGUAUUUCUUUGGAAAUUAUCAAUUCGGUGUAUUGCAAUGCAAUAAACGUUCACUGGCAAUUGGACGCACAUUUGGUCAUGAUGGUGGUUACUUUAUGUUUGAUUGUCAAAGCAGAGACCAUCCAAUCUUUCCAAAGGGUCAAGGUGCAUCCUAUUUAUUACGCACGAAGUUCUUACAGGUCUUGCACUACUGCAUCGUGGUGACGCUUAAAAUUCCAUUUUAUAAUCAACAAUUUACUUUGCAUAAAGUGGACAUAUUACCAGAAGGAGCACACCUUGAAGAAGAAGACGAAGGCGAGGAGGAGCAAUAAAGUUGAUUUGAUUCAAUUUGAACUUUAUUCAUUGUACUUAUUUAUAUUGUAUAUACAAUAUAUAUAGUUCAUAUCAAAAGCCAAUAAAAUGCAAUAGCAUUAAAAAG